ACUAAAUUCCAUGAGAAAUGAAACAAAAAAUUGCAAUCAAGACGAAACAAAAAGAUAAAAAAUGAAGAAAAAGAUAAAAAUGAAGAAGGGUAUGAAGAGAAGAAACAAUGACAGAUUCCUCAACUUUAAGAUUAAAAAAUCGAAAUCCAUGAAGGCAAGUGGCCAUUGGACAAGAGAGCACUAACAUCCAUGAGAUUAAGACAACAAAGAAAGACCUGAAGAGAAAAAAUAACGACGGCAGAUUCCCCAACAUUGAGAUCAACUAAAACUCAAUGCCCAGAAAGAGAAUAUGUCCAACUUUGGCUCCUCAGCCACACCUCCCAAAAUCCUUAUAAAUAUGACGAAUUUGGUUUUAGAAACUCUAUUCACAUUGCAGCUGAAUCUAGAAAGAGUGAAAAUAAAAAACAAAGAUGGGAAAAGUAAAACCACAUAUUUUAGCCAUACCUUAUCCAGCACAAGGCCAUGUAAUCCCACUAAUGGAGUUCUCACUACGCUUAGCCAAACAUGGGUUCAAAGUCACGUUUGUGAACACAGAGUAUAAUCACAAGAGGGUUGUAAGUGCUUUGGCAGAAAAGAAGCACUUGGAAAAUCAAAUUCAUCUAGUUUCAAUUCCAGAUGGGAUGGAUCUGUCGGAGGAUAGAAAUGAGCUGGGUAAGCUAUCUGAAGCCAUUCUCCGGGUCAUGCCUGGGAAGCUGAAGGAGCUCAUAGAAGACAUCAACAGAUUGAAAGGUGAUAAUAUCACUUGUGUCAUUGCUGAUUUUAGCAUGGGGUGGGCUCUGGAUGUCGCAGAGAAGAUGAAAAUACAGCGGGCUGCCUUGGCUGCCUCGAGUGCAGUACUUGCCUUGAUACUUAGAAUCCCAAAGCUAAUUGACAGUGGAAUCAUCAACAAUGAUGGAACUCCAAUGGAAAACCAGAUGAUUCAGUUGGCACAGGACAUGCCUGCCAUGAGCUCAAAAAACUUUAUUUGGGCCUGCAUCGGCGACUUAACUUCACAGAAAAUUAUUUUUGAACUUAUAGUUAGAAACAACUCCUCUGUGAAAGUUGCUGACUGGCUGAUCUGCAACUCCAAUUAUGACCUCGAGCCAGCGGCAUUCAGAAUGACUUCAGAGAUUAUACCAAUCGGCCCACUUUUGGCAAGCAACCGCGGUCAGAAUCCAACUGGAAACUUCUGGCAGGAAGAUAAAACUUGUUUAGAAUGGCUUGAUCAACAGCCACGACACUCGGUCAUAUACGUUGCAUUUGGAAGCUUUACGAUUUUUAACCAGACCCAAUUCCAAGAAUUGGCUUUAGGUCUUGAACUAUCAAACAGGCCAUUCCUUUGGGUUGUAAGGCCAGAUAUCACCGAAGGAACAAGUGAUGCCUACCCAGUAGGAUUCCUAGACAGAGUAGCCAGUCGCGGACGGAUGGUUGGCUGGGCACCUCAACAGAAAGUACUUAGCCAUCCUUCCAUUGCUUGCUUCUUGAGCCAUUGUGGUUGGAACUCAACCAUAGAAAGUGUAUGUAGUGGAAUUCCUUUCUUGUGCUGGCCUUACUUUGCUGACCAGUUUCAUAACGAGAGCUACAUCUGUGAUGUUUGGAAGGUUGGACUGAAGUUUGACCGAGAUGAAAGUGGGAUCAUUACCCAAGGAGAAAUCAAUAAAAAGGUGAAGGAACUUCUCAGUGAUGAGAACUUCAAAUUGAGGGCCUUGAAUCUCCAAGAAAAAGUUAUGAAUAGUGUCAAGGAAGGUGGCUCCUCUUACAAAAAUCUCAACAGAUUCAUUGAAUGGCUAAAGGCAUAGACUUUGCAUUCUCAUGUUUAGUUGGAUCCCGAAUUUGUUUGAUAUGUUCCUA